CUCCUCCCCCCUUCCUCUUCCCCUUCCCUCCUGCUCCUGCUCCUGCUCCUGCUCCUCCUCCCUUCCCCUCCCCUUUCCUCCUCCUCCUCCUCCUCCUCGCCAGCGGCUGAUGCUGGCACCGGACGGCAGCGCCGCGCCCUCGCCUCCUCUCUGCCGGCUCUCCAGCUCGACCGCCGGGGCCAUGAAGCCUCUCCAAGCGCAGAAGCCCCCCGGAGCCCAAGAUUUGUCAGAAGAUGGUGGAGAACUGGCGGAGGUUCUGGGUGAGUUUGAUGCGGUGAUGGAGGACUUCUCCUCCUCCGUGAAGGAGCGACACUUCCAAUACGAGGAACAUCUGGAGAAGAUGAAGAGGCGGAGCAGCACCAGCAUCAGCGACUCCGAGAGUGCAGAUUCGCUGUGUGGACACAGCCUCAGCUUUAGCGACGAAAAAUUACAUUCCUCUACGCCGUCCACUCCAUCGGUGUCUUCUCCCACGAUAGUGUCUCGAAAAGCAAAACUUGGAGACACCAAAGAACUGGAAGAUUUUAUUGCAGAUCUUGAUAGAGUUUUGGCAGGUAUGUGAAACACUCUGUUUUGACCCCAAGCCCGCCUUCAAAAGGAUGGGAUGGAAUUUAUUCCGGCAACCUACCAUCUGAUGGGAAGAGACACGCGAAUCCUUCUUUUCUCGGAAAAUUUUCCAGCAAUUGCCUCUUAACGUGUUUAAAGCAUUGUAAUUGUGAUUUUUUUUCCUAUCUGCAGACUGAAUCAAAAAUAACACAAGAGCUCAAGCUUUUUUUUUUAAAAAAAAAAAACCCUGUAGCUUAACAUUAAUUUAAAAGGGCCUUUUACGAAAAGAUUGGAAAUUCUAUAUUAACUUUUAAACGUUUUCGUGAUAAUAUAUUUUUGUACACAAAUAAAAGCUAAACUGGAAAUUAAUAUAUACAUAGAGGGGGAGAAAGAGAGGGAUUGAACAGAUGGGUGGAGGGAUGAUAGGGUGCAUAAAUGAAUUGAUGGACGGACAGAUGAAAGAUGGAUGGAUGGAUGCUAAUUGAGGAUGGGUAUAGAUGAGUGAGUGGAGGGCUAAUUAAUUAAGAUAAAUGAUAAAUGAACACGUAGAUGGGCGAACGGAUGUUUAAUUGCAUGAGAGGGUAGACAGAGAGAGAAAGAACAUGGUAGACAGAUAAAUAGAUGACAGAAUAGAUGGCUAAUUGAGUAAUAGAUGGAAUUGAUAAAAGGAUGAUAAAUUAUAGUGGAUGGCUGGAUGGCUGAUUGAAAGAGAAAAUGAUAGACGGAUGGGAGAUAGAAUACAUGGGUAGCCAGAUGGAUGUUUAAUUGAUUGAAAGAGAAGAUGAUAGAUGGCUAGAUAGAUAGAUAGAUAGAUAGAUAGAUAGAUAGAUAGAUAGAUAGAUAGAUAGAUAAUUGAUAGAGAGAGGGGGGGAUGAUUGGCAGAGAGAGACAUGGUUUAAAGGGCUACUUACUGUUUUACAUUUGUGUCCUACCUUUUCCUCUAUAACCUCAUAGUAAUUAAUUGGAAUAGUCUCUAUCUAAGUCAGGAGCAAACUUUUUCAGAUAUUGCCAGAUUAUUCCAUCCUUUUAGUUCUGGAUUUUGGCACUUGCCAGCUUUGUGAAAGUUUCAUUCUGUUCAUUAAUGCUGUUGUGUACGCUUACAAACCAUUCCUUACCUGAUCAUUGUCGUAGCUUACUCAAGGGUCACCACAAGAGGAACAGAAGCUUAAUUGUUGUCUCAACAGUUAUUGUCUCGAGCGUUAUGUUCACAGCCAAAGUUCCCUUUUCUGUCUGAAUAAUAUUAGCAGGAAAACAGCCACAGAGGGUUGACCUUGCAAAAAAUAAUAAUAAUCCUCUUCAAAUGCACGGUCAAAGCAACAGCGUGCUUAAUAAAACCUAAACCUUGAAAACUCAAACAUUUCCCAGUUGCAACUUAUUUCAUGAUUAUUUUUAAUGUUCCACACAAAAGACAAUUGUGAAUGGCAAUUAACAAUAGCCUGGACAAAUGUUUUUUUAUCGGUUGUACAUAUUUCCUGCCGUGCAAUAAAUGAAUUCUCCAAAAUAACAACUCAAA